UCCUGAACCCUAUCUUCACACCCACCAAACGCUGGAGAGGCAAUUAAACCGAGGACGUGAGAUUUAGUCAAGAGGAGUCAAAGCAUAAAGGUAAAGGGAGUGGUAACACUAGGGAUUCAAAAGAGCACUGAGGGAAAAGCACGCACACACACACACACACACACACACACUAAAAAGUACAGUAACCGAAGCAGGUAGAACCACGGAGGGAAGAGAGGCGAGCCGGGUAGAAUCCAGCUUGCUCCUCUUCCAUCUCUCUCAGCACCAAGGACAGAGCCUCUGAGCUGCUAACCCAAACAACGUUCAGGGGGGUCCCUCCCAGCUCCUCUAGGGAACACUGGUGCCUUGGAAAAGCAGCUAAGAAACAUGCAGUGAGGUCUGAUAGAAAGCAGCAAGAGUAGCUCACAAGUAAUUUCCACCUCAGAGGCAAAAGCCAGGUGAUUUUCUGUCUGUAUGGAAAUGAUUCCAUAGUUUCUGUGUCCUGGGAAAGGCAAAGUUUGCUUUGCUUCGGUGUAUCUGCCGUCAGUAAAUGGCUUCAGGAACUGAGGUGCUCAACUCCACAGUCUCCAGACACCAGAAGAAAUUUUCAAGGUGAGAAGAAGCUAGGGAUCCAUUAAGCAGGUGCACACUCCAGGAGGAGGAGAGGCUGGCCCCUGCCUUGAAGGUGGCCCUGCUGUGAAAGGAAAGGAACAUUUUGGAGUCACAUUCCUCUGUCUGGGCUAUGGCACCUCUGAGCCAAAUAAGCAACCACAUCAACUCCACCUGUGGAGCAGAGAACUCCACGAGUGUCAGCCGGGCCCGCCCACAUGCCUACUAUGCCCUGUCCUACUGUGCGCUCAUCCUAGCCAUCAUCUUCGGCAAUGCCCUGGUAUGUGCAGCUGUGCUGAGGGAGCGUGCCCUCCAGACCACCACCAACUACCUAGUGGUGAGCCUGGCUGUUGCAGACCUGCUGGUGGCCACGUUGGUGAUGCCGUGGGUGGUGUACCUGGAGGUGACAGGUGGAGUCUGGAAUUUCAGCCGCAUUUGCUGUGAUGUUUUUGUCACCCUGGAUGUCAUGAUGUGUACAGCCAGCAUCCUGAACCUCUGUGCCAUCAGCAUAGACAGGUACACAGCGGUGGUCAUGCCAGUUCACUAUCAGCAUGGCACCGGGCAGAGCUCCUGUCGGCGUGUGGCACUCAUGAUUACAGCUGUGUGGGUGCUGGCCUUUGCUGUGUCCUGCCCUCUGCUCUUUGGUUUCAACACAACAGGGGACCCCAACAUCUGCUCCAUUUCCAACCCUGACUUCGUCAUCUACUCUUCAGUGGUGUCCUUCUACGUUCCCUUCGGGGUGACUGUCCUGGUCUAUGCCAGGAUCUACAUGGUGCUGAGACAAAGGAGACGGAAACGGAUCCUCACUCGCCAGAACAGCCAGUGCAUCAGCAUCCGACCUGGAUUCCCGCAGCAGCCUUCCUGUCUGCGGCUGCAUCCCAUUCGGCAGUUUUCAAUAAGGGCCAGGUUUCUGUCAGAUGCCACGGGACAAAUGGAGCACAUAGACGACAAACAAUAUCCCCAGAAGUGCCAGGACCCUCUCUUGUCACACCUGCAGCCCCUCCCUCCUGGCCAGACUCACGGGGAGCUGAAGCGUUACUACAGCAUCUGCCAAGACACAGCCCUGAGGGACCCAGGCUUCCAAGAAGGAGGAGGAGGGAUGCAUGGGGCGGAGAGGACUCGGAACUCCUUGAGCCCCACCCUGGCGCCCAAGCUCAGCUUAGAGGUUCGAAAACUCAGCAACGGCAGGUUAUCCACGUCCCUGAAGCUGGGGCCCCUACAGCCCAGGGGAGUGCCGCUUCGAGAGAAGAAGGCCACCCAGAUGGUGGUCAUUGUGCUUGGAGCCUUCAUUGUCUGCUGGCUGCCCUUCUUCCUGACUCACGUUCUUAAUACUCACUGUCAGGCAUGCCAUGUAUCCCCAGAGCUCUACAGAGCCACAACAUGGCUAGGCUAUGUGAACAGUGCCCUUAACCCUGUGAUCUACACCACCUUCAAUGUGGAGUUCCGCAAAGCCUUCCUCAAGAUCCUGUCCUGCUGAAGGAAGAGAAGAGGCCACACUCCCUUUACCCACUUCAAGAUGCCAGGCAGUUUGGAUCCCUGCCCACCAGGGUCUGCUUUGGAUGCCUACACUGUGUUCUGGCAUGUGUGGUAUGGAGAUUCAUGAAGCAGGACAACCCUGGUUAGGAACAACCAACUAUUUAUUCCACAGUAGGAUGGUCUACCUCCCCAGCUUACAUCUGACUUCAUUUCGCUAGUCUUCACAUUGCUAAGUGCUAGGUAACAACUCAGAGAGAAGUUGACAAAAAGUGUAUGGGACACAUACAGAGAAUUGUCACUGGAGACACGAUGCACUGGAGUGAAAGAAAAAUGAACAGGUCUUGGCAGUCUCACCCUGCCAGGGGUCCUUGAAAUCACAGCCAGGAAGCUGUCUUGUAGACAGUCAGCUCCUCUUCUUUCAGACCUGUAAUUAACUGUCAGCACAGUUAACCUUGAGCAUCCAUGGGGCCCAAUUGCUUGUUUUCUUUCACUCUAUCCUAAAACAUGAAAGGCAAGGCCAAUGUUUAUACCUUUCUGUGGAAUGGAAUGGGCUGCAUUUGGUGAGGGUCUGCUCACCCCGGAGCAGACACUGUCCCACAUUGGGACUUGGGUUUUAUUUCUACCCUUACAUGUUAGCUCUGGCUGGGGGAUGCGGGGGAGGCCCUUUGCUUUAUUCCCUGACUUUCUCAAGACAAUUCUAGUGUUUUGAUUUCCAGAACCAUUCAAGACAAGACAGUUAAGUGAAGAAGGUAAGGCAGUUUCCUCUACAGUGUCAUGGCUGACUUUGUGUUGAGAACAUGCCUUCCAGAUGCUGUCCAUCAUUCGAAGGGUUUCCUAGCCAGGAACUUUCAUCUACUUAACAGAGGCCCAAAACUUUCAGGCCUUGAUAUCCACCAAGUGCUCGGAAAGUGCUAGUCGCCUCCCAGGUUCUGAAUAGAUAACAAAGUCCUCAAAGACGUACGUUUGCCCAUGUGGGUGGUAGUGGCUUGCCCAGACUUGCAAAGGCCCUCGGAACUGAGGGUAAUGGGGGAUGGCCGCUCCAAGUCAUCAUUUAUGAUAUCUUCAUAAAAACCUGGUCAGAUCCUAAACAGCACAACUCUAACAAUUGUGCUCAGAGCAUAACAAAAACUGGGUGUGGUGACUCAAAAAAACCACCAGAAGUAAUCUGUAAAUGUCAUUCAAAAUUGCAUUUAGAAGGAGCUAGAACAUGCACAUCAUUUACCUUCUCACCUACAGAAGCUAUUUUUUUUAUUGAUUUCAGAAUCAAGAUCAAAUUUAUGGAUAAUUUAUAAAAUGCUGUCAGCCUGAACUUCAAUCAAUUUAUCUUUAAGAGCAUUGGUCUACAGCAUGACAGCUAGAGGCUAGCAUGCUGUUCAAACUUUAAAGAGCCCAAGAACUUCACAAAGAAUCCAGGCCUCACCCACCCCAUUCUUACUCGUCUGACCCUAAUGGGUUAGUUGUCUGAUAGUCCUGAACGCUUUGGUUCCAGCACUUACAAGUGUUAUUAUCUAUAAUGAUUGGUAUUGUAGCACAGAGUGGACACCCAAAUCCUCUCUGCCCACUGCCGCUUCCAUUUAGUGCCAUAAAAUAUAACAGGCUUGCCAGGUGGUGGUGGUGGCGGCGGCGGCGGCGGCGGCGGCGGCGGCGGCGGCGGCGGCAGCGCACGCCUUUAAUCCCAGCACUCGGGAGGCAGAGCCAGGUGGAUCUCUGUGAAUUUGAGGCCAGCCUGGUCUACAGAGCAAGAUCCAGGACAGGCACCAAAACAACACAGAGAAACCCUGUCUCCAAUAUAUGUGUGUGUGUUUGUGUGUGUGUGUGUGUAUGUGUAUAUAUAUAUAUAUAUAGGCUGUUGUUACAAGCAAAAUUGAGUUUAUGAUUUCUAGGCUUCCCCAUUCAAGAUAAAUAAAAACAGAUGAGCCUGUGGAGUAAAAUAUUAUAGAAUUUUACAGUCAGAAUCUAGAGGCAGAAAUAUAAGCAUUGGUAUCAAUACCUUUGUGAGGAAGGAUGACAGCAGAUAAUUUUUCAUUUCAUUUCAUUUUAUUUUAUGCCUAUGAGAGUUUUGCCUGCAUGUAUGUAUGUGCACCACAUGCAUGCCUGAUGUCUGCAGAGGUCAGAGAGGUCCUUGGGUCACCUGGAACUGGAGCUGCCAUGUUGUAUCCAGAAACUGCACCCAGGUCUUCUGGAAGAGGGGCGAGUGCUCUUAAUCACCGAGCCAUCCCUCCAGUCCCUUGGUAUCUUUUCUUCGCAUCAAGUAACCAACCUUUAUAACAACCUUGGUAAGAUGAUUUUAUUUUAUAGAUGAAGACAGUGAGACAGAAGGAGGCUAAACACUUCCCUGCAGGCCAAACACUAUCAGUCAGUGCCAAGGGAUUGAAUGUACAUGCACCUGAAUUGAAUGUACAUCCCCAUGCUGGCACAUGGCUUCCUUCCAAAGUGGAGAGGUGGCCGAGAUCCUAAGAUGAACUUAACCCUACCCCACCAACCAUCUACUAUAUCCAAAUAACUUUCCUACAUUUUUAAAUUAUGCCUCAACUCCAACAGUAUUUGUCCAUGAAGCCAUCUCAAAGCUGGAUUUGGGGCUACUACACACUAUGAAUCCUAUUUUUUUUUUAAUAGACAACAAGCAGGUAAGCACUGUGCACAUAAAUUGUCUCCCAAGUGGACAUAGAGCACUUACCCAACUACCUAAACUUCCUGGAAUCCAGUCUAAGAUAUUGGUCUCAUUCUCCUGCCAUGUUCAAAUCUUAAGCAAUAACAUAGGAAAUCCACAGUCUCUAGAGAGUGGUUGGUUCUGCAUUCUCCUUCACUUACAUAAAAGAGAACCAAGGCUUGGUACUGUGCCCCCCCCCAUGGUUAACAAGAGCCAGUUGUACUGAAUCCUAGCUGGUUGUUAAUUCCACUUUUGCUACAUUCCCCUAAGGACUUGUAAAAACUUUUAGCUCCGUAUAGAUACAAUGUAAAGUUACGUCUACCAUUGAACUGUAAAGCUCCUAUUGGCUCCACAGUGUCAAUUAGUCUGUACAACAUCUACUUCCCAGAUUUUUUGGGUCUGGUCCAAGAAGAACUUUCAAGGGAAAUACCAAAUAUGCCUCUAAAGUUCUCACUGCAUCCUCUUCAUCCUAAGAGCCUCUUGUCACCCCUUUCUUCCUCCCCAGUUCCCACCAGGAGCCAACGCCUUCAAUCACAGGGCUCAUUAUUUUCACUGCCAAUAUAACCACAAGUCUCAGAAGAAAUGUUGGACUGAAUAAAUCAGGGUAUAGUUCUUGGGGAAACCUCAUUAAGACCCCAAAGAAAUAUCAAAUUUUCCCACACUGUUUGAGUAAACUGCAAAUAACACAGAAAUUUUAGUAUAGUCUAAUCAGUAUUCAACUCAGGGCCAUAAGCAAACAUUUCCCUCUUCCUUCACUACUUGUUUUCUUAAAUCAACCACAUAUUCAAUAAAUACAAGUUUACCAACUUCUUAUGUGUCAGACACUGUGCUGGGCACCGAGAAGCACUGUCCAGGAAGAUGUGGUCCUUUCCCCACCCUCCUGAAGAAGCCUAUAGUCAAGUAAUAAGGUAAUCUAUUGUACAUAAUGCUUACCUGCAUGUUGUCUAUUUGAAAACUACAGGAUUCUAGGUGUUUAGUAGCUACAAAUUCAAUUUUGAGAUGGCUUCCUGGACAAAUACUAUCAGAGUUGAGAUGAUUUCAAAAUGUAGAAAAGGUGUUUUGGGGGGCUGGAGAGAUGGCUCAACAGUUAAGAGCACUGGCUGUUCUUCCAGAGGUCCUGAGUUCAAUUCCCAGCAACCACAUGGUGGCUCACAACCAUCUGUAAUGAAAUCUGGUGCCCUCUUCUGGCCUGCAUGCAUACAUGCAGACAGAACACUGUAUACAUAAUAAAUAAAUCUUAAAAAAAAGAAAAGAAAAGAAAAGGUGUUUCAGAAAGGGUAGUCCCCCAAAAUGCUAAAAUCAGAACAAGCAAAGACCAUGGAAAUAAGCACAAAUAAUUAUAUCUGACUAUAUUAAUGACACUGAAGGGAUAGACUGUUUCCAUCCAUCAUUUCUCAAGAUCUCUUUUAGCUCUGAACCAGGUGGCAGCCAAGCCGAGGGUACCACUUGUCACAUAAUACAUCUAGAAUUUGGACCCGAGACCCCCACGUGUGCUACACACACUGUGGAGUGUCCACUACCGAUUUAUCUACCUAUUCUUUCUGUGCUACCCUGGGUUUCAACAAAUACAGGCUUUAAUUAUCUGAAUUCUUUUAUCCUCACUCUGAAGAAGACGGAAUGCCUAGUUGAAUGGAUUUGAUAUCAGAAACGGUUACCAUUAGGCAACUCAGAGACUUCGGAUCAGAAACCAAAGGAGGUCAGUCAAAGAGAUUUGUUUUUGUGAAUGCUUGGGUCAGAAACACACAGGGAGGCAGAGAGGUUAUUUGCUGGAGAUCCUGGCUCCUAGGUCUGUGCUCUUCAUUUGGUAUCCACUGACAUUAGAUGGCUGGAAAGGCUUAAUUCGAAUCAAUACACAGAGAGCAGAGAAGAGACGACAGGCAAUUAACCCGAUUCCUCCAUUCUGCCUAAUUGUCUACUCAUCAGCUGAGGAAGCAAGUGAGUUGCCAUGACUACCUCCUGACACAAAGACUCAGUGCAGGUGAUGCCAUUGUCAGCUCAUCUCUGUGGCACAUGUUGGCAGAGGCAGAACCUGAGAGUCCAGGCCAAGCCACAUGGCCUGGACCACUGGCUUCCUCAGUCCUCACCUCAAUUAAUCAUCUGUCUCCACCAUUGUGCAACGAGUUUCUGAUUUGUGUAGAGUCUGGUCUCUGGGAGGAGAAGCUGCAGACUUCUAAGGAUGUCCAGACCCUCGGGUGGAAGCAGGGAGGACUCCAUGUUGGCUCUGACCCUCUUUAUGGGAAACACAGUGUUCAGCCAUGAGUCAAGGGCUUGAAGUUCUAGUGCUAGCGCGGACAAGUGGCUUUAGGCAAGGGAUUUAACCUCUCUAAGCUUCAGUUUACUCAUGAGAAAAAAUGGAGACCUAAAAUCCUAGUCUUUUUUAUGAGGCCAUUUGAAGAUUAGAUAAAAUCACCAGCUAGUGGUUCUUUCUGUCUGUUCCUGUUGCUAUAGCAAAAGACUGCAGAGUGGAUCAUUUACAAGCGAUAGAAAUUUUUUUCCCACAGUUCUUAAGGUUGAAAUAUCUAAGAUCAAGGCACCAGCAAAUUUGUUGUCUGGGUGGGCUCAAUAUCUGUGUCUAAGACAGUGUCUUCUUGUGUCAUCCUACUAACGAGACAAAUGCUGUGUCCUUACACUGCAAAGGUGUGGUGGGAGAAAAGCCACUCUGGUUCCCUCUGGCCCUUUUGUAAGAUAUUAAUUCCAUGUGUAGGGGCAGAACCCUCAUGGCCUAGUUACCUUUUGAAGACCUUACUACUACUGUAUUAGCAGUUACAUCUCAGCAUGAAUUUUGCAGGAGACACAAAUGGUCUAAUGGUAGCAGAAAGGCUUCACCAACUGUAAAGCCCUAACAAAUGCAAAAAAGGUCACUCUCAUCCUUGGUUUUGUUAUUACUGAUUACUCCUCGCCUGUCACACCUACCUGACUCGUCUCCUAUCCAGAUCCUCUUCCUCAAGUUAUUUGGCAUACUCUUUCCAACCUCACCUGACCACCACCACACAAGCUGAUUUUUUUUCUUGACUUUUAUUCCCUUAACAGACCCAGGAUACCUGGCUGUCUUUGUAGUCUGACUGCUGGACAAAUGUGUAGCACCUAACAGGGCCCUGCUCAAUUAGGUUGUGACCUAACACCCAAGUUGAUGAUGUCAGAAACUUACUUGCUGAAGUCUGCUUUGUGUCCUCCCUGCCCCUCCCCCGACAAUUCCUCUCCUAAUCAUCAGAUGAGGAGCAGACACAUCUAUUCCUUAAAACUACCUGGCUUUGUCCCUCACGAUGCCCAAUUCUGUCAACCCAUCUUCUCACUCCAACUCUUCUGGCCUGGCAGAAGUGCCCUGGUUAGGGAACUAAUGUUCAGGGCUUUGUAACAAGGGAUCCACAUGCGAGGCAAUUUAAAACAGUAACAACUGUAUUCACUCAUGGUUCUAAAGGCCAGAAGUACGAAGUCAAGGCACUUGUAGGGUUGUGCUUUCUCUGAGUGCUCCAGGGAAAGAGCUUCCUUCACUUCUUCCCAGUCUUUAGUGGUUACUGGCAAUCCCCUCAACUUGUCCUUAGCUUUUGGCAACACAACUCCAGUUUCCAUCAGCAACUUCUUGUGGCGUUGUGUCUGGGACUAAAUUUUCCUUUUAUCAAUCAUUGGAUUAAGGCUGCCUUCACCAAAUAUUACCUUAUCUUAACUUGGUUACAUCUGCAAAGACUCUAUUUCAAAAUUAAAUCAUUUAUAGGUCCCAGGGUUUAGGACUUUAGCUUUUUGUUUGUUUGUUUGUUUUGUUUUGUUUUUUUGGUGUGUGUGUGUGUGUGUGUGUGUGUGUGUGUGUGUGUGUGUGUGUGUGUGUAAUACAAUUCAACACAUAAAAUAUGAUGAGAGUGGUCCGGAAGGAAGAAGAUUUGGAAUGUGGAUAAAUUUGGAUAUAAGUAUGAAAGUCCUAUCAUCUACAAUAUGAGAGGUUGGAUUUCAUCCCUGGUACACAAUCCCUUCAUGGUCUGGGUCAACUCUAUAAACUCCCCGGAGUUCCACUUAAUUUUUAGUAAAAGUGUCUAGCCUGAAUUCCUAAGGCUAUGCUAAUACAUGCUAAAGCUAUUUGUAGCAAGAUAUAAAUUAUCUGCUGAGCCCUUAAAACUUGUAAACAUGCUUAUUAAUAAAAGUCAGAGCUAAUUCAAAAUCAA